UCUGUAGAGGCGUGCGUUCCGCGCAUUACCGCUGGUGUUUACAUCCAAACCAGAAGUACUCAGUAGCUCCAACAUGUCAGCCUCUAUAGCACGGGCGACGGUGAGGGCGGUCAGCAGGCGGAAAAUACUGCCAACGAGAGCUGCUUUAACGCUGACGCCUUCGGCCGUGAAUCAAGUCAAACAGCUUUUACAGAAUAAGCCAGAUUAUAUCGGUCUGAAGGUUGGUGUUCGAACCAGAGGUUGCAAUGGCCUGACUUACACACUGAACUAUACUAAAGAGAAAGACAAAUCAGACGAGGAGGUGUUACAAGAUGACGUGAGAGUGUUCAUCGAGAAGAAGGCUCAGCUGACGCUGCUCGGCACGGAGAUGGAUUUCGUCGAAACGAAGCUUUCCAGCGAGUUCGUGUUCAACAAUCCCAACAUUAAAGGGACGUGUGGUUGCGGGGAAAGCUUCAACAUAUGAACCUCGCCACGUGUUUGGCUUCACCUAGAGCUCGAGCCCUGCAGGACAUCCAGGCCACAUCCUAGAUCCAGAUCCAGACAGACAUCUUGAAGACUGAGGAGCAGAAGAGACCAUCGUUUCCUGAGCCGCUUUCAUCUGUUCAUCACACACUUCACUGAGCAGCUUGAUGUGUGUAUGCACUCAGAGUCACACUCCAUGUUCCUG